CCGAUUUUUGAAUUCUUCCCAAGUUCCACGUAUCUUUCUCUCUUUAUCCACGACAUGCAGUUCUUCUUUUUCAUUGUCGCCCUACUUUUCAGUGUCGCUGCAUUGGCAGCAGAACCCCCGAAAGAACUUGUCAUUGAGACAACUCACACUCCUGCCGAUUGUACUGUAAAAGCGCAGAAGGGAGACAAGAUUGAAGUUCACUACACAGGAACACUGUUCUCUAAUGGCAACAAGUUUGACUCUAGUCUCGACCGUGACGCCCCACUUCCUCUAACACUUGGUGUCGGUCAAGUGAUCAAAGGCUGGGAUGAGGGGCUCGUUGGAAUGUGCGUGGGGGAGAAGAGGAAGUUGACCAUUCCUUCCGACAUGGCAUAUGGGACUCGUGGGUUCUCAAAUCUCAUCCCUGCCAACUCUGCUCUCGUGUUCACCACCGAACUCGUCAAACUCAACGGCAAAACAGCAAGCCAUGACGAGCUAUAGGCAGUGAAAACGUACUUGUAAUUCUACUAGGACAAGAUUUAACACUGAGAAUAUUUGUGGAGCUGAUUGACGUAACCCGACUCCUCGUAAGCCUUCGCGCCUUUACCCCAUUUCCCUGCACGUUUUCCCCAAUCGUCACGCACGCCCCAUACGUGGUGGUCGUAUAAUAUGGGAGGAGGUUUUAAGUCUCGAGGAACCUGGGAAUCUUGAGGUGCUUCUCUAUGGUAGUUUGCCACAUUUGUUAUAUCCGUGCGUGUAGGUUGUACCCUCGUUUGUUCCCAUUGUCGUGAAUCAAGGGGGAGAGGUGACCAUUCUUCAUCUCUGUUAUAACCACUACUCGUCAUUUCAAGUAAUCGAGACAAUGCACGCUUGAACGCAAACUGCUCGUCUUUGCCUUCGAAGUUCAUCAGUACAAGCGACAAAUAGUCUUCUAAAACGCACUCGCCAGAAAAUAUAGACAAAGUAUCCAACGGCAUGAUUCUUUCCGGACGUGCCUCUCUCAUCUCCGGUGAAUUGUACGACGACACGUUUGGACGAUAAGUGUCCCUCGUCUCUGCAACUGUCUCAGCCAUCAUAAUAUCAUCGUGUAUCUGGUACUGGGCAUCAAGAGGGGCGUCAGGAAAGAAAAUAUUCUCCGGGGUGGUCUGGGCGAGAACGAUGAUCCUGCAGCGGGCCUCGUACAUGGCGUCGAUAAGGGAAAUGAGGCGUCGUGCUUUGUCUUUGGCGGAUAAUUUAAGGAUAGGAACACCUUGAAUGAUAAUGGUGCGAAAUGUCGAUGCAAUGGUGAUAUAGUCUGCCGG